AUGAUUAAACAACAGCAACCACAACAACUUAAGGCGCAAAACACCCAGGUCCCUCAGACCAUUACAUACGCCAUAUAUGCAUAUAAUUCAAAGACGGCAGAACAAACGCAAAGGUUGAAAUAUGGAGAUUUGGAGAUAGUAUUGAAAAAUGACCGUUUUGAAUUCGUUUGCAAAGGUGGUGCAGUGAUAUCAAAUAUAAAAGAAAUUUUAUUUAUGAAUUCUAAAAUUAAAGGUAUAACGGAUGAUAUAACAUCAAUUCCACCAGAAGAACAAAGAUAUUACGCAUUAAAUGCAUUUCCUAAAGUUUUGAAGAUUGGAAGAUUUAAUUUAAAUGAGGAAUUCAUAGAAGGUUUCCUAAAUGACAUAAUGAAGAAGGUGGAUAAGGAAUAUGUGGAUAGUGAAUUAAAUAAGAAGGCAAAUUUGGUUUAUGUUGAUGAAAAAGAUGAAAUUAAAGAAAAGGUUGAAUGGUAUCAUGAAUGGACAUUUGAGACUUUUAAAGUUAAAGCUGAUACAGGAUGGGUUUCGGGAUGUUUAGACCUUAAAGCAGAUAAAACAUAUGUUGAUGAAAAUUAUGCAAAGAAGUCGGAAGUAAAUGAUGUGAUUACAAGCAUGAAAAAUGAAAUACUUCAAACAUUAUAUCCUGUUGGUUCUAUUUAUACAUCAAUGAACUCAACAAAUCCAGAAACAGUUUUAGGUUUUGGUACGUGGAAGCAGAUUGUAGAUAAAUUCUUAUACUGUGCUAGAUAUUCAAAGCAAACAGGAGGUUCGAAGAAAAUUAAAGAAGCAAACCUUCCACCGCACACUCAUACAGGAACUACAAACACAACAGGUAAUCAUUCACAUUCAAUAACAAAAAGAGGUUAUAUAAAUCUUGCAGCGGGUUCGGAUAGAUGGGGAAUGAAUAGAUAUGAUAUCACAACUGACCCAGUAGAUUCAAGCACAGGUAUUUUCUGUGGAACCGCGGGUAAUCAUUCACACACUUUCACAACAAAUCCAACAGGCUCGGGUAAAGAUUAUAUGCCACCAUUUGUGACUGUAUUCGCAUGGUACCGCGUUCAAUAA